CAUCUUCCUGACUGCUCAUGUGAUCGUUCGACUGUGUAGUCCGGGUAGUUUAGUUGGAUUUUUGAUUCCCGGUUAAUUUCAUCAAAAUGAAGAAAUAUGUGAUCGUCAUUAUUGCUGACAUUUGAACUCAAUCGAAUCUGUGUGCAGGGUCGUGUCGUCAUGUCGAGCAAAUACCCGAUAGUGGUGCAGGGCGAGGCAUCGGAGACGGACUCGGAUGAGGAGGUCUACAUCACCUCCCUGCCCGCUCCCCACACCUCCAUUGUGGGGGCCAAGGUUGCAGGCGAAGCUUCUGAAACUGACAGUGAGGAUGAAGCAGAGGAUGUAGAUCCAGGUUCUGCACGGACUUAUGAAAAGACGCAGGUUCUCAGACGAGAUCUACCGGCACUUAUUGUCGUGAGAGAUCACCCUGAUAUACAGUCAAUAGUGGAGGACAGACCAAGCCCCACACAUAAACCUUUUGGGGACACUUUAUUACAGCAGAAGUUGCAGGAGUCCAACAGCCGACUGUAUUCGGACGUGGGCCAGAUGCUGCGACAUGUUUAUGGCAGUGCCAGCAAGGAGGUGCGCAGUGCCACGGUGCAGCUCACGGCCUCACAGAGCGCCGUCAUCAGUGCCUCCCACAGCAUCCGACUGAUCUUGGACGACCUGAAAGCCGUGUCUGAGAAGAUUGACAUCAUCACCAGCUGUCAGAUACUGCCCGAUAUCAAGUUCAACCAUUCCGACGAUGACGCCGCUCCUUCACCUGAAACAAAUGAAUAUCAGUAGAUGACAUGCGAGCAGAAUGUUGGAUUUUUGGGAGGUUAAAAACUGUUUACAAAGUGUGCAUGUAUAAUAAAAAACUAAAUAGC